UAUUAUAGCAAAGUAAUUUGCUAAAAACAUUAUGCUUGUUACAUCGAGUAUGAAUCGUAAAUGCUUUGCGUGGUUUUUUAAUAGGAAUUGUCUCGCAGGUACAAACAAUUACGAUCAAGAUGAAUAUGUUGACAUUGAACCACUACUGAAUACGACACAGGACGCCGCUUCAAAUCAAGAUUUACAAGGGUCUAUAGAGCGACCGGUAUUUAUUGACCUGACACAUGACGAGGAGGCUGGCUCCAGCAGAGCGUUGUUAGAUCUUACCGCACAUGACGAGGAGGCUGGCUCCAGCAGAGCGGUUCCGGACCCCUCAUUAUUAUUCGAAAGGAGUUGUGAUCUUACCACGGGUGGCGACGCAUGCUGCAUAGUGCCAGAGCCGUCAUUAUUCAUCGAAAGGAGUUUCGGAUCCGGUGACGAUGUGUCUAGCUGGACAGAUACACAGCUGAACGUUUGGGAGCAUUCGUCUUGGUCCAGCGAGCGAGAGGAGAGGUCGCCGAUAAGGCGUCAGCAGACACCGUUAGCAGAACGAGAAGAUAUCGCCGACGACGAACGAUCAUCAUCGGCGGGGGGUAGACAGACGCCGUUUGCUCUUCAAGCUCAAAAUACUGUCUCGCUAGAUCAACUCAGGGCUAUCUUAAGAGAGUCUAAUAUUCCUUUACACGAGUCCGUUGACAGAAUGUGGGGUUCUGUCGGUGAGAUACAUACGAUUCUUAUGAGAUUGUAUGCUUUUAUCGAAGGUGUUAAUCAUCGCGACGAAGCGCUGGAGAAUUCUUUCAACCGUUUGCUCGAGUCAUCAAACGAGCAGAUGAGAGAAAGGCGUCUAAUAGUCGAACUCCUCUGUGCUAUAAACGCCGUACUAUUUUCUAGAUAUAAAAAUAGUGACUAUUGA